AUGCGUUUCUUGUCUCUGCUGUCCGCUGUAUGGACAGUCGGCUUCGCCUUUGCUCAAUCUAACGCCGACGCGUUCAUCGCCAAAGAGGGCCCGAUCGCCAAAGCGGGCUUACUCGCUAACAUCGGUCCUUCGGGAGCGAAGUCGCAGGGUGCCCAAGCCGGCGUCGUCAUUGCAUCACCAUCAGCGACUGACCCACCCUAUCUCUUUACUUGGACGCGUGACUCGGCUCUGGUCUUCCAGGCAAUCAUUGAACAAGUCAUUAGCGGGACGGAUGCUUCUCUCCGACCCCACAUCGACAAUUACGUCAGGUCACAGACGAUACUGCAACAAGUGUCCAAUCCAUCCGGGACAGUCUCGUCCGGGGGUCUCGGAGAGCCGAAAUUCAACAUCGACUUGACCGCAUUCACGGGAGCUUGGGGACGUCCGCAAAGAGAUGGACCUGCUCUUCGCUCCAUUGCAUUGAUCAACUGGGCCAACCACCUUCUCGCUACCAACAAUGCCUCAUACGUCACCAACUCGCUGUGGCCCAUAAUUAAACUCGACCUCGACUACGUAGCCAACUCUUGGAACCUGACUGGAUUUGACCUUUGGGAGGAAGUCAACUCGGCAUCGUUCUUCACAACUGCUGUUCAGCACCGUUCCCUGCGUCAAGGCGCGGCUUUGGCUAAAGCAAUCGGCCAAACAGGCGUCGUCGCUGGGUACACGACCCAAGCCGAUAACAGUCUGUGCUUCUUGCAGUCUUACUGGAACCCAUCCGGCAACUUCGCGACCGCAAACACUGGCGGAGGAAGGUCAGGAAAGGAUUCGAACACGGUCUUGACUUCUAUCCAUACCUUCGAUGCCGAAGCCGGAUGCGAUGCUGCAACAUUCCAACCCUGUUCAGACAAAGCGCUCGCUAACCUCUUUGUCUACGUCAACGCAUUCCGUUCCAUUUACACCGUCAACUCUGGAAUUCCCGCCAACCAGGCUGUCGCUACUGGGCGCUACCCAGAGGAUGUCUACUUCGGCGGCAAUCCUUGGUACCUCUCUACCCUCGCUGUUGCCGAACAGCUCUACGAUGCCCUGAUCGUCUGGAACAAGCAAGGCUCGCUCACCGUCACCGCCGUCUCGCAACCCUUCUUCGCUAGUCUCAGCCCCGGUGUCGCCGUCGGCACCUACGCCGCAUCUACUUCGACCUUUACCACCCUCACUGCAGCCGUCAAGACAUUCGCCGACGGGUUCGUCGCCAAGGUUGCCCAAUUCACACCAUCCAGCGGCGCACUCGCAGAGCAGUAUGAUCGUAACGACGGCCAUCCUCUUAGCGCUGUUGACUUGACAUGGUCGUACGCUUCUGCUUUGACGGCCUUUGCUGCGAGAGAAGGCAAGACACCUGUCAGUUGGGGUGCCAGCGGCUUGACUGUUCCCACCACUUGCGAGAGGAACACCAGCCCAGGCGGCGGCGGCGGUCCUUCUGUGUCUGUCACGUUCAAUGUUCAGGCAACAACUGUCUUCGGAGAGAACAUCUUCUUGACCGGCUCUGUUGAGGCACUUCAAAACUGGUCCCCAGACAACGCUAUUGCACUCAACUCCGAUAACUACCCAAUUUGGAGUGUCACUGUCUCGGUUCCAGCCAACACGAGAAUCGAGUACAAGUUCAUCAGGAAAUUCAAUGGCGCAGUGACAUGGGAAUCUGACCCCAACCGCGUCAUAAACACACCUGCCCCCGGAUCUUUCAUCGAGAACGAUACAUGGCGGUAA